GUUGCCAUGGUAACUGCUCGGUGUGCAUCGGAGCCAAUCAGCUGUGAGGUGCCGAAAGAUAAAGGACGUAAAGGCGUCUUUUAUCUUAAAAAAGGCUGCACGGCGGCAAACUUCCGGCGGCUGCAGGCUUCUACGUUCCACAGGUUAUCAAUAUCAGCGAUAUUUACACGAUCUGAUUAAUGUUUAUCACUUAGAUGACCUGACCAGCCACAUUGCCUAGUCAUAAUCCAGGCAAUAACCCUCUCACAAGAAAAAUGUCAAACCCAAGGCACCUCAACCAGGAAUGCAUCACUCCAGUGAGCACCAUUCUUGCAAAUCUCCUUCACCGUAGCAUCGCUUCAGGCCACAUCUAGGAGCGGUCGCCGCCAUGACGUCCGCCGAGGGGACGCGGUCGCGCACCAUCCAACGGCCGCAGAUGCGGGUCGACCCGGAGGACGCCGACAACCCGUUCGUGCUGCCGGCAAACUCGGAGGUGUUCACCUUCCGGCAGCAGGAUGUGCAAAACCAGAAGGAGAAGAAGGACAUGCAGCUCUCGAUGCCCAUCUACAAGCGGCAGUAUCACCAGCCGCGGAUCACCGCCAGGCUGCCGCCGACGCCCGAGCCCGAGGACCCGCAGGUGGCGCAGGAUGACGCCUUUUUCCGCAAGAACCUGGCCUACACGCGAGUGGCCAUGCAAAACAAGGGUGUCGAGCGGCAGACGCUGGCUGAGUUCGUGCAGAACAAGAAGGACAUGUUCUUCCUCCAGUACACCAUCAACGUGAAGCGCGAGCAGAUGACCAAGCUGGACACGACAGUGAAGGAGGAGCAGGAGCGGCUGGACCACGAUAAGAAGAAGAUCGAAAAGGACUACCAGGUGUUUGACGAGUUUCUCAAGGAGAACGAUCACAUGGCGGUCGAGGCGAUCCGUCUAGCCGAGGACGAGGCCAAAACGACACUGGAUAAGGUGGCACAGAUCCGCCAGAUCAACAUCCAGAUCAUGGCCACCAAGAGCUUCAUCAUCAAGCUGGAGGAGCGGUUCCGCGAGCUGCGCAUGUACCGGCGCUUCCUGUUCCUGCUGGCGCCCGCCGAGUGGCGUGCGGAGCGCGAGGCCAACGCCCAGCGGCUGCGGCUGGAGCGCGAGGCGCUGCAGCUCGACGAGACGGCCUCGCUGCUGUCGCAAUCGGGCAGUCUGUUGGCUCCCGAGCACCGCCAGAGGCGCCGGCGUAGCAACCUCAACACGACGCCGAGCCGCGUCAGCCAGCUGGCGGUGAACAACCGGCGCGCCACACUGGCGCCCGUCUCCAGCCGCGCCAGCAACCAGUUCUCGCGGCGCAAAGCCUCGAUCGCGGCGAGCGGCGCCGGCACGCCGACGGCGGCCAACUCGGCGCGCGCCUCCGUCACCACGCUGGCCACGGUGACCAGCGUGCCGACGGCGCGGCGGCCGAGCAUGCUGCCGCAGCGCACCUCGUCCUGCGCCCUGCAGGACGACGAGACGGCCGCCGACGCCGAGCUCUACUUCUCAGACACCCAGCAGCUGUUCGCCGUCUUCCAGGAGCUGGAGGAGCAGAACCUGAAGCUGAUACAGAACUCGCAGGAAACUGAGGAGUCGCUAGAGGAGAUGAAGACCUCCGGCGAGGUGACCAAGGAGCGGAUCAGCCGCGAGGUGACCGUGCUGGAGCAGCAGGUCGGACUCCUGGAGGAAGCCGUCAGGUGGGAGGAGGAGAAGAGCGAACAGCUGGAGCUGUUCUGCAAGAUCUUCAACCAGGGCGAGUUCAAGGCGGAGGAGCAGGAGAGCGCUCUGGCCGAGCUCAACGAACGCGUCACUGAGGUGUACACAGUGAUCCUGGGCGAGAACCAGGCCAACAUCAGCACGCUGCAGAUGCUGGCCUCGCUCGAGAGCCACAUCGAGGACAUGUUCGGCUACCUGGAGACGGUGCCUGCCGACCGGCUGCAUGCUGCGGAAAAGCUGCGUGACCGCGAGCGUCGUCUGAAGCUGCGCGAGCUCAAGAUCGUGCAGCAGCAGCAGGCGCAGGCGGAGCGGCUGCGCCGGACGCGCCAGCGCGCUAUGGCUGAGGUGGUGCGACACACGGGCCGGCCGCUGGUGUUCCGCUCCCGGCCUCCCACCCCGCAGCAGCUGCAGCGAAAGACGGCCAAGGAGACCGAGGAGGAACUCGAGGAAUUCAACUACUUCUUCGGCGAGUGAUGAAACGAGUUCGACGAUGCCUCGGCGAGCGACGGGUGCCUGGAAGUGCCGCCUGUUAGACAGUGCGCUGGAUGUGUCAUCAACUCAUCUCGGAGGGUGCAGAUGACCGGUCACGACACGCGAACGAAAAGAGGCGAAGGGGAAGUGCAAUUGUCCGACACUACACAAAAUGUCCAGUCAUGUCUUGUACUUUCACUAUAAUAUACUCACAAUUGAUA